AUGAGUGAUGUUGGAUUUAUAGAGGUUGCUUUGGUGGCUCAAGCUCUUCAUCUUGAGAAGAAUCUGGUUGAAUCUAAUCUUCGUGCAAAGGGAAACAUCAGAGGUUUAACUUUGAAAUUUAUGUUUGAGAAGGACACUUACUUUGAUAGUAGUGGAAGUUGGGAUGCCUUCUAUGCUAUUUUCGCUUUCCUUAUUUACGGGUUGAUACUCUUUCCAAAUAUUGAAAGGUUCGUUGACAAAACUGCAGUUACUAUUUUCAUCUCUAGAAAUCUGGUGCCUACUCUCUUAGUCGAUGUUUUCUUUUCUUUCCAUUGGAGAAAUAAAAAAAGAGGUGGGACGAUUAAUUACUGUAUUCCUUUGCUCUAUAAGCGGAGUUUGACUCACUUGCCAAGAAGGGGACCUUUUGUAGACAACGUUGGAGCUUUGAAGUGGUCUCAAAGGUUGAUGUAUUUGGAUGCUGAGGAUGUUGUUUGGUAUUGUCAUGACUAUAAUGGGGUGGAGCCUAUUUGCAGUUGUGGAGAUUUCCAAAAUAUUCCUCUUGUUAGUGCUAGAGGUGGAGUCAUCAAUUACAACCUUGUUCUUUCAUUUCAUCAGUUGGGUUAUCAGUUGACGGAAAAGCCCGAGAAUAAGCUGUUAGAGGAGAUUCUUAUAACCGAAGGGGUUAAGGAUGUAGAUAUGAUGAAGAGGAUACACCAUGCUUGGGGAAAAGUUUGCAGUAUAGGGAAGAAGGAAUUAGAAAAAUAG